AUGGGUCGUGUUAUUCGUUCUCAGAGGAAAGGUCCUGGUGGCAUCUUCAAGUCCCAUACUAGACUCCGCAAAGGGGCUGCUAAAUUGCGCCCUCUUGAUUUUGCUGAACGCCAUGGGUACAUAAGGGGUAUUGUUAAGGAGGUCAUUCACGACCCAGGUCGCGGUGCUCCUCUCGCUAGAGUUCAAUUUCGCGAUCCUUAUCGUUAUAAACUUCGUGUUCAAACUUUCAUUGCUACCGAAGGUUUACACACUGGCCAAUUUAUAUAUUGCGGAAAGAAAGCCGCUUUAACUGUUGGUAAUGUACUUCCGCUCUCAUCUAUGCCCGAAGGUACAAUAGUCUGCAAUGUUGAAGAAAAGAUUGGUGACCGUGGUGCGUUGGCUCGUGCAUCUGGAAAUUACGCAACUAUCAUUGGUCACAACAAUGAAGACGGAAAAACUCGCAUUAAAUUACCUUCUGGUGCAAAAAAAGUUGUUAGCUCUAAUGCACGUGCAACAGUUGGUAUUGUAGCUGGAGGUGGUCGCAUCGAUAAACCUUUGCUUAAGGCUGGUCGUGCUUACCACAAAUACAGAGUAAAAAGGAAUUGCUGGCCUAAGACUCGCGGUGUAGCUAUGAAUCCCGUGGACCAUCCUCAUGGUGGUGGUAAUCAUCAGCACAUUGGUCAUGCAUCUACAGUAUCCAGAGAAAGUGCACCCGGACAAAAG